AUGUUUUUCUCCACAUCAAUAUUGGCCAUUGCCAUUGCUGGCCUUGUACAGGCGCAGGCACCGCCUGGUUUCACACCUGAGGCUGCAAACAAACUCGAGGUCAUUUUCAACUCCACAAUGAUCGAUACCCCAGGCCAACUGAUACCAAGAGCCGCCGCCGCAACCCAGCCCAGACUUGCUUUAUCCAGCGCCUUGAUCAACAUGAAUGAACAGUACAUGUUCAUCAUGCUAGACCUGGAUGUCCCACCAGCAAACGGCACCACAGAACGCCGCGUACUCUUGCACUGCAUGAACACGGGCUUCCGAGCAACAAGGCAGCAACUCAGCGGCGCCGCCAGACUUCUCGCCUCAUCCCAAACAGGCCCAGCAGCAUAUCUUCCUCCAAACCCGCCACCAGUCGACACAGUCCCCCAUCGCUACGUCGAGCUCUUGUUCAAGCAACCUUCCAACCUCAGUGUUUCUGAAUCUACUUAUGCCAAUGUGCAAAAUCGCAUCAACUUCGAUAUUGAGGCUUUCAUGUCGGACAACGGUGUGGACGCUCCUCUUGCGGCGAAUUAUUUUCACGUGGAUGGACGAGCAGGUGCAGCAUCAGCAACUGGAUCUUCAGCUUCGGUGAGCGGAGCUCCAGCAGCAGCGACCGGUGCGUCACCGAGUGGUACCGGUGCGGGAGCUGCACCUUCGAGUACGCUAGUGCCGUUUGAAGGCGCAGCUGGCAAGGCUAGCGUUCCGGUUAGGACGGCGGCCCAGCUUGGUGGCUUAGCACUGUUUGCUCUGUUGGUCUUGUAA